UAAUUAAUCGCCGUCAUACAAUCUGGGGAUCCUUCUAGAUGCAGUCUCUUGGUUGUGAUUUUCAGUUUUUAAACAAGUAAAUUACUAAAAACCAAAAUACUCAAGUUUAAGCUUAAAGAUGAGUCCAUAAAGCACUUUGUGACAUCAGUGUAUCCGCACUUGUCUCAUUUGUAGAGUGACUGCAUUAGUAUAAAACAGACAGCAGUUCAUAAUAGCCUGUAUCACAGUUGUUCCUUUUUGUGUGACAUUUUCACAUCAUCACACCAAAGUUCCCAACAAGAGAAAAGCAAACGUGUGGACAGAGAGACGAGGAAGAGGCCGUGUCACCUCUUUCGCUCCCCCUCCAGCCUGACUCGACAGGACACAGUAUAUCUUUGACAUCCUUGACAGUUUGCUACCUCAGGUGACCUCAGACUCUCUUCUUGUUUCUGGUCUUAGCAGGAAACUGUGAGUCAGUAAUGGCACAUCUCUCCCAGACCAAUUUCACUUCAGUUUGUCUUAUUAAUCACUCUUGUGCCACAGAAAGUCACAUUGCAUUCUGUGGUUUGCUAGCAGAAAGAAAAAAAAAACAAAAACAUUUCUAGUCCUUUUACAGAUUUUGACUACAGAUUAAUCCUGUAAAUUAUCAAAUAUGUCUUUGUUAUGCAGAUAACGCGAGUGUUUUUCAUUUUACAGAUUCUGAGCAAAGAUCAGAUCAAAUCUAUUUGCCGAGCCAUCAUCGAGUCAGGAAAACAAUACGCCAGGAGGAAGAGGAAGCCUUUCCCUCUGAUGUAUUCAUACUACGGAACAGAAUAUCUUGGUGCGGCCCACGGCCUCUCUUCGGUGCUGCAGAUGCUGCUCAGCUACCAGGACGUCCUCAGCGGGGCAGAGAAGGACCUGGUGUGGCAGAGCGUCGACUUCCUCAUGACUCAGGAGCAGAACUGCAACUGGCCGGCAGAGCUGGGAGCAAUCAUCGAGAGGGAAAACGAGCUGGUGCACUGGUGCCACGGCGCCCCAGGCGUGGCGUAUCUUUUCGCAAAAGCCUAUCUGAUCAAUAAGAAGCCGCAGUAUCUGGACACGUGUAUCCGCAGUGGGGAGCUCGUCUGGGAGAAAGGCCUGCUGAAGAAAGGACCUGGCAUUUGUCACGGGGUUGCAGGCAGCGCUUAUGUCUUUCUCCUGCUUUAUCGCCUCACAGGCAAUUCCAAAUACCUCUACCGUGCCCAAAGGUUCGCAGAGUUUAUCUUCACCGAGGAGUUCAAGGCGGGCUCUCUCUCGGUCACCAGCGUCUGCAGCCUGUUCGAGGGCCUUUCCGGGACCGUUUGCUUCCUGGUCGACCUCCUGCAACCAGACCAGUCAGAGUUCCCUCUGUUCAGCGUGUUUGUGUGAACGGAUCCGGCGUAGCGCUGUUUCCUGACCAGAACAGAUGUUAUAGUUUUUACAAUAGAUGGAGUAACAUACACUGUAAAACCAGGACAAUAUGUGAGUGGGUUUCAGAUGGAAUAAAAAAUCUGAUGCAGUGGAAGAGAAAGUUUUUGUUUUGUGUGGACGUACAUCUUGCAGGCUUUAUCAGAAUCACCAGUAACGUUUUAAGUUUCAGUUUAGUCAGCAAAAACAAGGGCUCACAGCCUCUUGAACCUGAGAUAUGUAUUUAUAAGUCUCCUUUGGAUUUCCCUUAUCUACAGAGUCUAAUAGAAUCUCCUCAAAUUUGCUUCAGCAUUAAAAAUAACAGCAGCUAACGUGCAUAAAAGAAAACAAAUUACUCAAUCUGCAAAUAAAUAUAGUUCAAAUGUUCUGAAAAAAUAUAUAGCAGCAAAAUAUCUUAUUAAACAUAUUUACAUGAGUCAACAAACAAAUCAAUCCGUAAACACUGGCAGCAUGUACAUUUUGCUAAAGGAACAAGUGGUAGCUAGUGGCUGACUCUGCUGCAGUGCUAACACACGUCUGUGCAAAGACAGAAACAACAAACAGAGAUUCAGUCUCAGCUGUUGGUAUUUGUUUUUAUUCCUAAGGCGUCUCUGUCAGUGAUAAAACAUUUCCGUUGCUCCUGCUUGAGUAAAAUUGCUGGUAAAUGGCUAGCCGCUACAAUGGCAUCACUAGCUAGGCUACUAAUAAACUACUCAGCUGAAAACAACUCAAAAACUCCAAUAACAUUUUUAAUAAUUAUUAUUUUCUCUUGUAGUUAUCUUUCAAAACCCCAUUCAGAGUUCUAACUAAAAAGGAAAAGAAAAAAUUAAAGUGUGUGUACCCUUAAUCUCAGGACAGAGAUAAACAUGUGCACUAUCGACAGCCUAAAGUAAAUGAAAUCACAACUAAGUCAUGCAAACGCUCAAAUAUAAAAAAAAAAAAAAAACAUGAGUCACAUAAUGCCUUUGAAGUUUACACCAGCUAAGCAUCACAAAAUGCAGUUAAUUUAAGUCUUUAGGGACAUAAUCUCUCAAUUUGCUGUUGUCAAAACCUUAAAUAUUUAAAGAAUAAAAACGUGGUUCAAUGACACCAAGCUUUCAGAGUUACUGAUAUAUGUUAGAGGUACAGCUGGUAAAUGUUGAGAUUAAUAUUUGUUCAUUGUUGUAACAGUUUCCCUUUGUUCUGUUUCAGCUGUGUGGCUCCUGUUUUCGGUGUUUCCAGCUCUGUUAGCCACCGUGUUGAAACUGUAAGACGUUGUAAUUUGUUUCACCCUGUGGAAAAUGAAAACAAUCUGCUCUGGGCUGUAACUCUGUGAUGAGAAAAGAACAAAAACAAAAGUCUGGUUUUCUUCUUAUUUUCCUUCAUAAUGAAUUCCAGAAGUGACUUUUUUCCAAGCUGUGUAACCGUAAAUAAUUGAUGUCCUUUAAUUGUCAUAAUGUGGCCUUACAAAAAUCAUUAAGUCUAAAAUACAAAUGGAAGAUGCUUUGGCCAGCAUUUACUGUGUGAACAAGUGGCUCAAAAAAAAAAAAA